CCAUGUUCGCAUCGCAACUCGGCUUGACUGCGUUAGGGUUUCCGCAGGGAAGAGGGAGGAUAGACGAGAGGAAAGAUGAGUAAAGAAAAGAAGGUCGCCCCGAAGGGAAAGAAGAAGGGAGCAAGCUUCGUGAUAGAUUGCUCGAAACCAGUAGAAGACAAGAUCAUGGACAUCGCUUCCUUGGAGAAGUUCCUCCAGGAGCGGAUCAAGGUCGGAGGCAAGGCUGGUGCUUUCGGCGAUUCUAUCACCAUUUCCCGCGAAAAGAACAAGAUCACCGUCACCUCUGAAAAUCCCUUCUCCAAGAGGUACCUGAAGUACUUGACAAAGAAGUACUUGAAAAAACACAACGUUAGGGACUGGCUUCGAGUCAUUGCAUCGAACAAAGACAGGAAUAUCUAUGAGUUGCGCUACUUCAACAUUGCUGAGAAUGAGGGCGAGGAAGAGGAUUGAUAGAUUUAUCACUUUGCUUCUUUCCUUCUUUGUUUUCUCUGUCAAUUUGGUAACCAUCUUAGUACAUCAUAUCAGUUUUGCCUUGUUGGGACUACUUAGAACACCAGAAUUUAGGUAUUCGUUUUUUCUACUUUCAAGUGUUUUAUAUAUUUGAAGAAGCACACAACAUGCAACAUGUUGGCAUGCCAACAUCUACAAUCUCUCCUCUUGUUUGUCUGAAAUCUUGUAUGCUUUAUCGAUUGCAGUGGUUAGUAUCUUGUUUGUGCAUCCAAA